AAUUUUUUUAUUUUAUUUUGUUUCUGUUAAAAAACAUCACAGCAAUAUUAAAGCUUUUUGUAUACUAAUUAUAGACUAUACCUAGCAAUGCAACUCAAAAGUAUUAACAAAUUCCAAACAUUGUAUCUUCUAAAAAAUCAUUAACGUUACAAUUAUAGAUUUACUUAUUUUUUGAAACAUUUUAAAAAAGUUUAUAUGUGUCAUCAUAGUGGUUUUAAUAAAGUAAAUAGUAAAAGCAACAAGAGAGGUAAGUCGAAAAAUACAGAAUGUCAAGCUAGAAUUGAUGUAAAAAUUAAAUUAACAACAAAAGAUACAUGCAAAAAAGACAAAUAUAUAAAAGAUGGCUUUCCAGCAAUAAUAAUAUUUAUCAAUGAACAUAAUCAUACAAUUUCUUCUGCUGAGGCACUCUCAUUUUUAAAAGCUAACAAUGAAGUAAGGUUACAAUUUGAAAAAUACUUCAAUGAUGGUUUAGGUAUAUCAGAGUCUUUGAGUAUACAUGAAACAAAAAUAGAAUUAGAGUUUGGUAUGAAUUCUGAACAGUUGGCAAAUGCUUCAAUUAACCCUAAGUAUAGGACUAUUUGUCAUUGGUAUGAUAAUUGGAAGUUAAAUAAUUUGGGAUCAUCUACUGAACAUAGUGUAUUUCAAAAAUUGGAAGAAAAGUUAAAUGAUUAUACAAAUAAUGGACAUAUUGUAAAGUUUAGUGAAAAUCCAUUUGCAAUAUUAGUUGUUACUCCUAUUAUGCAAAGAGCACAUACCUUAGCUUUUUCUAAGGACAUAGCUUUUGUGGACAGCACCUCAUCAUGUGAUACGCAAAGUCAUUCUGUUACGUUUAUGUUAACUUCAUGUGGCAUUGGAGCUGUUCCACUAGGAAUGUUUAUAACUAAAGGACAAACAACUGAUGAUUAUAAAGCAGCUUUUACAUUAUUGAAAGACUCAGUUCCAUGUAGUUUUGAUGGUCAUGGAUGUCCUAAACAGUUUAUUAUCGAUGAUAGUGAGGCAGAAAGGCAAGCAUUAAGAGCAAUUUGGCCAGAAUCUAGAAUUUUUCUCUGUAGGUUUCAUGUUUUGCAAUCAGUGUGGAGAUGGUUAUGGGAUUCAAAACAUGGCAUUCAUAGUGAAGAUAGGAAAUUAUUAUUUAAACUAUUUCAAAGUAUUUUGAAUGCAUCUAAUGAUAGUAGUGCCAAUGAAGCAUAUAGUAUUGCUAUUGGUAAAUUAGUUACUGCAAAUAACUGUAAAAAUGACAAUAUAAUUCCACUGCAAUAUGAGAAAUGGAUCAAAUAUGUAAACAACUAUUGGGACAGGAAAGAAGUUUGGUGUCUGGGUUUUAGAGAUGCUUCUGUACAUGGUAACCAGACAAAUAACUUUAGCGAAGUGAAUGUACGCAUAUUUAAAGAUAUUGUGCUCUCUAGAAAUAAAGCAUAUAAUGCAGUUGCUUUAGUUGAUUUUAUUUGCACUAGUCUUGAGGAAUAUUAUUUAAGGCGUUUAAGAACAUUUGUAAAUAGCAGAAAUGAUACUGCAAGACUUCUUUUCCAAGAUCAAUUAAAAAGAGCUGUGUACAUUAACAAAAUUGUAAUAGAAAAAUUACCAAAUAAUAUAUUUAAAGUGCCAUCGGAAACUAAUAACAGUUUUUAUGAAGUUGAUGUUACAUAUGGAUGUUGUAACUGCUCAAAAGAAUUAGGAGCCUUUUGUAAGCAUCAAGCUGCAGUGUAUCAUCAUUUCAACACAAAUAUGCCAAAUCUACCUGCUAUAACUGUAAACUGCCGCUUACUUUUGGCUAAAUUAGCAUUUGGGGAACAUGUACCUGAUAAAUUAUUUUAUAUGCCACUUGUCUGUGAAUCAGAUUCUAAUAAAAUUAAUGAAUCAUUAAAUGAAGCUACACCUGGUAAUUAUGAAAACAACGAACCAUCAUGUUCUAAAAUACCAACAACUUUAACAAAUCAAGCUUUAGAAGUUGACUAUAAUUUGAACUCUGAAUAUUAUGCUGAACAAAUUCAGGAAUUAUUUAAAUCAAAUUUGGAAAAGUAUACAUCAUCAACUUCAGUAUCUGUCCUCAGCAAAUGUUUAGAUCGUUUAAAAAAAGUAAAAUCUGCUGCUUCUUGGGAAUCAUUUUUGAGUACUGCUGGUAGUAAUAUUUCUCUGAGGCAUCGAACUAGAGCAACUAUUCGAGUGCAGCCUACAGCAAUAAAUAGAAGAAAACCGGGGAUCACAAGAGGCAGCAAACGAUUACCUGUAGGGCGACCAUUGAAUAUCGAUAUAAACAAAAAAAAGAAAAGAAAAAGAAAUUUAGGUGAAAAUGUUCAAAAGAAUGUUCCAAAUGCUAAAUCGCAUGGAACAGGUCAUUAAUCAUAUAAAUACAAUUUUUAAUAAAAUAU